CUCAGAGACUCGAAGAUAUUCAGUCUACUGUCCCAGAGACUCGAAGAUAUUCAGUCUGCUGUCCCAGAGACUAGAACUUAAACAUAGAGAUGAGUGUUUAAGUUAAUUAGAACCGAAACUUAAUUAAUAAUAAUAAUAAAGACAUGUUUUAAUGAGUUUCUUUCUGUUUCAGCGUUCAGAGAUCAAACAGCUGGAAGCUGAAGUCUUCAGAGACCACUAUCCGUACCCGGGUCACCGGAAGACCACCAUCAUCAUCACUAACAGGAGGGUUUUGUGCGUGAAGGAGAUCGACUUCGUCGGCCAUUUUAACCGAGAGUGGGAGUGUUUGUAUGAGAACUUCUACAGACCUCCAUCGGUGGGGGGGACGGAGCUGAAGAUCUACUGCAAGGAGCAGAAGUUGAAGUUUCCAACGAGAGACGGUUCAGAGCCGGUGAGGACGGUUCAGCUCCGAGACCCCCAAGCUGCUCAGAAGCUGCAGGCAGCCAUCUCCGAUGCUCAGAUGGCGCAGCAGCAGCACCACAUGGCGAGGCAGAAGUCCCGGCGCUUCCUGAAAACCAGCAACAAGCAGUGAGGUCACUUCCUGUCUCACUCACAACCCUGGAACAUGAAUAUAUAAAUACAUCAUCCACACAGUGGUCCCCGGAACAUGAAUAUAUAAAUCCAUGUACACAGGAAGGGGGGAGCUUCCCCUCUAUGUAAUCUCAGGUGCACCUUCCAAAGAGCUGAGGGUUUGACUCCCAGCUGACUCUUUUUUUGAAUGAUGCUGUGAGGCAUUCUGGGUAAAAAUCCUUCCACAAAUGAAGUCAUGUGAUCGUUAUUGAAUCUUUUUUUACAGGAAAC